AGCUCCUCCUCCGCUCUCUCCUCUUCUCUGCCUCGAUCCGUCCACCUUUUCGAUCAAUACCCCUCACUCUCGAAUCUCCGCAAUUUCUUGCAUUGCUUGUGCCCAAGGCUUCGCGGCGGCAUUGAAAUACGACGGCGCUCAUGGACACAUCACCAUCUUCUGGCGGUGGAGGCAGACUCAAGAGGAAACAGUCUGGGAACAAAUCCAAGACCCUACCCUGCCCGCACUGCCAGCGACUCUUUGCCCGACUGGAACACCUCCAGAGACACAUUCGAACCCACACAAAAGAGAAACCUUUCGUCUGCGACAUCUGCAACAAGUCGUUCGCGCGAAGCGACCUACUAGUACGACAUGAAAGACUCGUCCAUCCUGGGGAGGAAGAGCAGCAUACCACAAGAAAGUCUCAUAAACAUCAUCUCGUCAACGCCAACAAUGCCGCCAAAGCUGCUGCUCACGCUGCGCAUCAAGCCCAACAGGCACAAUCGGUCUCGGAUGACAUGGACAUUGCGCCCCAGCAUAACCAACCACUACUCUCACCACAGGCUCCUCCCGAGGGAAGAGGCAUGAUGGACAUGCUGGACCCCCAGCUCAUGCAGCCUACAAACGGUAUGCAUCCAGUAGAUGGCUUGUCUUCACAUCAGCAGUUGGGCGCUCCUCCUCUCGAUCCAUCGUGGGGCUAUGACCUGAAUCUGCUGUCGCACGCUGCUAGCCAUGUGGCCUCCAGCGGUCAAGACCAUUUCAUGGCUGGUAUGCAGCAGGCAGCCCAAGACCAACUCCAUGAGCCUCUGCAACAGAUGAUGCCGCCCGUCUCAGAGGGACAGUACCAGCCUCGCAUGCUGACAGAGGGAUAUGGGCAUCCCACACCAAUGUUCGAGCCUCCUGAUCUCGGCGACCCUAUGCAAGACUUUACAGUCUUCCUCGAUAGUGUCGGUCUGUCCUCGGAAUGGUAUGCCAGCAUGUUUGGUGAUCAGGCGGACAACUAUCACUCGCCUGACAUACCGCGCGAUCACCUCAACAUUUCAAGACCUCAUUUGAACGGUGAGCCUCCCAUCGACAGCAAACUGAGCAUUGCCCAAGAAGAAACAAGCACUUUCUCUCGGUUUGGUUCCAGAUUGCCAUCCCUUCAGCCAGAGUCUAAAGAGCCUGAUUCAAAUCGACCAGAACCGCGAAGUGCGAUCGAAGAAGCCGAGGCCAUCAAGACCAAAACCACUUGGGACGUCUCCGAUUCAGAUCGGUCAGCCUUCGCCUCAAAACUGGCUGGCUUCGACAGCGUCAUGCCAAAAGGCUUCAUUCCACCCUCCAGACAUUCCCUGUCGAGGUACCUCGCAGGCUACGUCAAUGGCUUCCACGAGCAUCUACCCUUCAUUCACGUCCCGACACUCCAAGUCGCUGCCAGUGCUCCUGAAUUGGUUCUGGCUUUGGCUGCUGUGGGUGCACAAUACCGGUUCGAGAACAGCCGAGGCAUAGAGCUCUUCUAUGCUGCCAAAGCUGUCGUCCUAGAACAGAUCCGCCAACGUGAUGAUUCGGCAAGCUCUCAUCUCUGGAACAGGCCGCGGACGGGUUCUAUGGUUCAGUCUCCCGGCGGCGGCUUUACGGGCCAAAGUCACUCGAGCAGUCCAUUCCAGAAUGUCACGCCCGAGUCCCCAAUCGUCACCGACGGCAAGGAGCAGAUGGAGUCGAUACAGGCACUUCUGUUAUUGACCGCGUUUGCGACGUGGGAGCGACACACGGAGCUGCUAAGAGAAGCCCUGGCUUUCCAGAGUACUUUAGCCCGACUGGUCCGUGAAUCCGGCCUCAUCAGUCCUGAAAUCACACAAGCCCCGGAAGACCUGACCUGGGAGGAUUGGAUCAAAGUUGAGGGUGACAAGCGGACCAAAUUGAUCGUGUAUUGCUUCUUCAAUCUGCACUCGAUAACAUGGAAUGUGCCGCCACUCAUCCUCAAUUCGGAAAUCAAGCUGAACCUGCCCGACCCGGCCAACGAAUGGAAGGCUACAUCCGCUGAACAGUGGAGUAAGCUGCAUUCAUCAAACGCCGUCCCGCAGGUGCCUUUCCAAAUAGCAUUCGCCCGCCUCUUCAGUGCGCAGUCUCCAUCCGAAAUCACACCCAUAUCUCCGCUUGGCAACUAUGUUCUCAUCCACGCCCUCAUUCAACAGAUCUUCUUCGCGAGACAGCUGUCUCUAGCUUGGCCUGGCGUCGCGGGAUCGAGCCUGCGGAUAGAGGACAUCACUGUCCUAGACCGAGGUCUCCGAGCAUGGAAAGCGGGCUGGAAACGUACCCCGGAAUCAAGUCUUGACCCUCAAAAUCCCAAUGGUCCGGUCGCAUUCACGUCAACAGCACUCCUAGGUCUUGCGUACAUCCGACUACAUGUUGACAUGGGACCAUUGCGACACCUCGAGACCCGAGACGCCACUCAAAUCGCCACCGCCCUUCUCAAUACACCUGAUAUCCGCCGCGACCCUCGCUUGAUCCCCGCACUGCUACACUCCGCUCACGCCCUGUCCAUCCCUGUCCGUCUCGGCAUUGACUUUGUCGCCCGUACACAGACAUUCUUCUGGUCCAUACAGCACUCACUCUGCAGCUUGGAAUGUGCAUUUCUGCUGAGCAAAUGGCUCACCGUGCUGUCUAGGUUGAAGUCCGAAGGCGGCGCCCCAGUCACCGAGCAUGAACGCAAACUGCUCCUCUGGGUGCGCAGUCUCCUGGAUGAGACGGAGAUGACGGUCCAGCUGGACGGCAAUGCGAACGAUCAUACCGUGCUCAAUGAAAGCCGGGAACUGCUCGAUGACACGCAUAAGAUGCGCGCUUUGAGCGUCGCGGUCGUGCGCGUCUGGAGCAAAACGUUUAAAGGGAAUACGAGCUGGGCUAUCGUCGAUAUGAUUGGUUCGGCGCUCGAAAUGUACGCGGAUAUGCUGGAGCAGGAGAUGUUUGGCCAUGUAUGAUUUUCCCGGAAUGACCUCUUGGGCAGAAUGGUGGACCUGGCCACUGAUGCGAGUUUGCCCGAAAUCAGCGGCAAGGUGGCGAAAGGGCUGUCAAUCAGCGGCAGCAAAGAAUUGUGUGCGCCACUGGACUGGGAGCAGUGAUAUGUGAUGAGUUUCCUUGUCGUGAUCGAAUAGGCGAGGCGUGUACGGAUACGGUUCAGGUUCUUGCUGCUUGGUUGUGAUGUGGUGGGUAUGAUACACGUUUGUGCUACCGCACACUGCCCUGUGCAAUGGAUGCCCCCGAUUGCGCCGGCGUUGGACCUGGCUUGGCUGGGCUUGAUCAAAAUCACAAAGUUAGCAGAGUCGCAAGGUGUUUCCUUGUAGCCUAACUUCAUGUACAUGGUAUGAUACAUGGUUUGAUACAUGGUUUUCCCCUUUUUUUUAUCAGCACAAAAGCGUACCUAGGAUUUUCGUGCCUCUCAGUCUUAAAUAGGCGGGUAAAUUGACUCGAAUCUGAAGUCUUC